GCCGAUUCUCGCGCUAGUCGAGUAACUGGCGCACGAUCGCUCGCCUGUCACUUAACUUGCUUUAAAUUACGUGCGUGUGUUCAGUAAAUAUUACGAUUGAAUGGGAAACGAAAUAUCUGAUUCAAAAUUGGAAUACUGGAUUGUUGAGCUGAUUUCUGUAAUAAAAUAGAACUGGAGAGGAAGAAAUAAUUUGCGAUGUUACCAAGAUGGCGUCAUACAAUUUCAAGACUGUUCCUAAUUCCUCAGCGGUAUGUCCUUGGCAUCAUGGGACUACUGGCGGUUUGCAACGCGUAUACCAUGCGGGUCUGCCUAAAUCUCGCUGUCACUCAGAUGGUGAACAACACAAAGAACGAGGAACAACAUUAUGACCCUAACGCUUGUCCUGAUGAAAGCGAGUUCAUUACAAAUGGAACUGUCAGUUCUAGACCGUACGCGAUCUUCGAUUGGUCAGAAUCUACUCAAGGGUUGAUUCUCAGCGGAUUUUACUACGGGUAUGCUAUUACCCACGUCCCUGGAGGAUACUUAGCCGAACGGUACGGAGGGAAAUGGACCUUAGGCAUCGGUCUAUUAAGUACGGCGAUAUUUACUCUGCUCACACCUGUGGUUGUGAAGGCUGGGGGCGCUACGUGGCUGUUCAUACUGCGAGUGCUUCAAGGAAUGGGCGAGGGUCCCACAAUGCCGGCCCUGAUGAUCGUACUGGCCCGAUGGGUCCCACCUCAUGAGAGAUCACGACAAGGCGCCCUGGUCUUCGGGGGAGCCCAGAUAGGAAAUAUAUUCGGAUCCUUCAUGUCAGGGUUCCUGAUGGCUGGAGACGGAGACUGGGCGAAUGUGUUCUACUUCUUCGGAUGUUUUGGGAUACUUUGGUUUUUGGCUUGGAGCAUCCUAUGCUACAGCACACCAAACACACACCCAUACAUUUCUGAGGAAGAACUCAAGUACUUGAACGAGACGGUCACCAGCGCUGACACGAAGAGCGUCAGGGAUCCUGUACCUUGGAAGGCUAUUGUGCGCUGUGUACCUGUUUGGGCACUGCUGUUUGCUGCUGUUGGUCACGACUGGGGCUACUACACAAUGGUGACAGAUCUUCCUAAAUACAUGACAGAUGUCCUAAAGUUCAACAUCGCUGCUACGGGUACUCUCACUGCAAUCCCUUACCUCGCCAUGUGGAUUAGCUCCUUUAUAUUCGGCUGGGUGUGUGACGUAUGUGUCAAGAGAAAAUGGCACACGAUCAAGACGGGAAGAAUUAUUCAUACUACUAUAGCUGCUACUGGGCCCGCAAUAUGUAUCAUAUUGGCGUCAUACUCGGGAUGCGAUCGGUUCGCCGCCGUCGCCUAUUUCAUAGCUUCGAUGGCCCUAAUGGGGGGAUUCUACAGCGGAAUGAAGGUUAACGCGUUGGAUCUGGCACCGAACUAUGCUGGCUCCUUGACCGCCAUGAUCAAUGGGACGUCAACAAUAUCUGGAAUCAUCACGCCUUAUUUGAUAGGGUUGUUAACGCCUGAUUCAACACUAGCCCAAUGGCGAAUAGCAUUCUGGGUGUGCUUCGCAGUCCUGGUAGGCACAAACGUUGUCUACAUCUUCUGGGCAGAUGGCAAGCAGCAGUGGUGGGAUGAUGUAAGACAAUACGGUUACCCUGAGGACUGGAAGCAUGGCCCGCUGAAGAUGGCUAAUCAGGACAAAGAGAAGAACAAAGCUAUUGAAGCUAAGAACUCUAAGAAGUAACAUAGAAGUGUUGUGAUGGGUACCUACAUUUUAAGAUCACAGAUGAUGAAUUUGUAAAUAUUUUGCAGUUAGUAUGAAUUUGAAGUCUCAUUAAAUGGCUCCAAGAUUUAAAAAAUCUUGCUGUAAUGAUUUUAUCUUAGUACAUAAUUCUAUUUGAGUCUUUUCAUAAAAUAACAAUUUUGGUAUCAAAAAUAUUUGUGAUAAUUCCUUGUUGAUUCGCAAAUUCCUUUUGACGAGUCUUUUUUCAUCAGUCUGUGGUCAAAAUUGUCAAGUAGAAAUUACCAAUUAUAACUUAAGUAUUUAGAAGUAACUAAUGUGAUUAGCUAAGUAUUAUUUAAGCAAUUCUGGUGAUAUUACCUGCGUUGAGAGAGAAAGGGGACCUUCUUUUAUUGAGGCCGUGGAUCAAUCAGGCCGUAGGAUGAAAAACUAUGCCAUUCUGGGCCUUAACUACUACCGUUAAUUAGAGGACUUGGCCUAGAAUUUUAAUUGCGGCACGACUUUUAAUUGAAAUGACGAUUCAUUCAGAUUGGAUGACGAUUGAGUUGUGAAACGUAUUUUUGAGAACUGAUCGUAACGAUUUCUGCUUUUUGUAAGCGAUUCCUUGAACCAAUUUACUUUUGCGCAGUUACUUAAGCUGAUUUCAAGUACAUUGUUUGAAACGUAUCAAGAUGUGUUUACCCAAAAUCUUAUCAAGAAAAAUGUUAUGCUUUUAGGUAAGAGAUAUCAAAAUUAUUGGAAAUUCAAAAUAAACAGAAUAACUAACAAAUAGUCUGUCUGAAACCUAUGUAAACAACUUUUUAUCAAACAUGUUUGUUGAUGUGCCAUUUUAAAAUUCUUGUAGUGACAAUAAUUUACAAAUAUUGUUUUUAUUCGAUUCUUUAUUUAUUUUCAUGAUAUCAACAUUAUUUUUAGAAAUAAGUUUUAUUACAAUUGUUUUUUUUCGAAUUAAUCUAUUUAACGUACACAUUUUUUUGUUAUAUGGCCAACAUUUGUUAUAUCUGUUUCACGUAAUUUUGCUGAUUAUUAACUGGAUACAGAUUUAGUACAAUGACCUCAAAAGGCGUAGUUACCAUUCACAUACCUACAUUAUGCUAUAGAAAUUAAUACGUUAGUCAUGUAAUUUAAAUGUAGUCGUAAUUAAUUAGGUUUAAAUACAAUUUCCUAACGUUUGCAGCGAAUGUGAUAUGUUUAGUAUAUUAAUUGUCAACGAGAUGAUGAAUUAACAGUCGAAUGAUAUUGUGUUAUUUUAUAAAAGAUUUAAAAAUAAACUGUUGAAAAAUA